UUGAAGUAUUGCGAUGACGGAGGCGGUAAGAAUCCGAACGAAGGAUUUUUGCUUUCUGAAUUAUUAAUUAAAUAAAAAUGAUCGGCUGAGUUUUACGCUGAAGUGAUCCCACAUGAGAAUUCUUUAACAUCUCAACAGGUGGCUGGCAAGUGAAACACUACACAACUAAGAGAUAAAAAAGUAUUUUCCUAAGACCCAGUGGUGGCACACUGAAAGUGCUGGGAUCUGUACUAGUGACCUUUCAAUCAGCUUUAACCACUGAGACACCAGUGACCCUGAUUUUUGGAUGAUCUUUGCUCAAAGUGGAUAUCUGCAGUCUCAUGCCAUCCAACAAGAUUCGUCCAUCCAAGAAGUCAUUCUGCAAAACAUAAACCAGUUUUUGUUUAAAUAAACAUUUGUAGAUUCAGCACCAUCAAGAUGGCUGCCCCCAAUAAGGAAUGGAAACCGAAGAAACCUCACUACAUUCCUCGACCCCCAGGGAAACCUUUUAAAUAUCACUGCUUUCAGUGCCCCUUCACCUGCAAUGAAAAAUCUCACUUGUUCAACCACAUGAAGUACAAUUUGUGUAAGAACUCACUUUCCCUUCUUUCUAAGCAAGGCAAUAUUUCCCUGAACACUGUUGAUGAAAUUAGCAUGGCAACAUCUACCACAGAGGAACCAAGGCAAAGUAAUGUUUCAGUGCAAGCUGAUGAGUUGAAAGAAAUGACUAAAUCCCAGAUAACAGAUGAUCAAAAAGCCCAACCAAAUGAUGAAGCGAGGAGCAACACAUCAGAGGAGUUCUUAUUACCUCAGAGAGAUCCAGAAUCAAACAUUAAUGCAGAUCUACUAUUGACAAAGACAUUCUCCAGGACUGAUGAAGUGAAAAUGGCAGCAUCAAGCAAUAAGGAAGAACCCAAGGAAACGUCACACAACUCUGCCUUUUCUACUGUUUUACCUUUUCAGGAAGGUCCAAUAUUAGCCAGUCAUCAACAAUCAAAGUCCCUCCAACAUCCAUUUGCUCCCAUAUACAACCCAAUUCCUGUUCAUAAUUCAUUGCCUCUUGACUAUAAACCAAAAAAACAGGCAAGAGAAACAGAACCUUUUUACCAAGGAAUGGAGUACCCAUCUUAUGCCUUUCAUUACAAUUUAUACCCCAUACACUCUUCAUAUUCACCCUAUUUCCUUUGUGGCAAUUAUUGCAAUUAUCUCCAUUCUCCUCCCAAUUUUACUCCUUACCUCGUGGAUGCUCUACAACCCCGAAUCCACCCUCUUUUACCAGGGCAACUUCUUCCAAUGACCUCUAUUCCAACAAUAACAAAUCCUAUUUUAGACCUAUCUUAUAGAUUCCACCAUUCAGGUCCAUCUGUUAGCAUGUACCCCCAUCAAGACCCGACCCAUCUUACCUCAUGUUCUGGUCCGGAAAUAAACCAGUCUACAUUUGCUGUACACACGGGUCAUGCAACGCCUGGUGGUUUCCAUCUUGAAUCAAAUGCUAAGGAAGGUUUAGUCAAGCAGGAUCCUGGGAUCAGAGUAAGCCAGCAAACCAACAUUCAAAUGAGUUCCAAAAUUGGUUAUUCUCCAACUGGGUCACCAGCUGGUCCAAAUGCAACAGGUCAAACCCAGAAACAACUGGAUGUAUAUGGUCAAGUGUCUCCACAUUACAACUGUGAAGAGUAUGACACUAAGACACUCCCAGAUGAAGAUGGAUCCAGACACAACAGCUCUACACAAUUAGAUAGCCCAGAAGAACAGGAAGUAGCAGAUGACGAUGUCGAUGAUGAUGGGUCCCCACUGAACCUCUCAAAGAAAGGGCCUGCUUCCGAGGUUCCUUUAAACCUUUCUAUAAAACCAACAUCUGAUAUGCCUACCUCGCAAACUCCGACGCAAGGAGAUAUUAAAAACACCACAUGGGAAAUUAUGGAUGCCAGAUCAGUGGAAGAAGAAAACGAUGAUUCCGCAGAUGAGCAAAAACAGACAGCUGCGUUCGCGUUAUGUCAGCUAGCCCAGUGGAAUCUGUCAGAACAGACAGAAGGCUCAGAGAUGAGCAAACACUUAAUCAAGACAGCUGAGACUAAUGCUAACUAUGUUCUGAACAGACAUCAAAACAGUUCUUCACCUCAUAAUAACAGCAUAACAAAUAGCCCAUCUGAUGUUCCUCAAAACCAAAUUCCAGCCAAUGAAACUGCUGAAAUGCUUGCCUCUGACAGCGCUGAAACAGAUUCUGUUAAAUUCACCAAUCCAAAACCUGGCGUAGAUGUUAACUGCGCCACAUCGCAUUCUGAUAGCACACCGGUCUACCCUUCCGAAUUCAAACCCAGAGGUCAGACAAAAGCUGGAAGGCGUGGAACACAAAAUGCAAAGAGGAGCAGAGACUUGGUUCCUAGCAAUCGCGUUCUCAGGAAACGACUUCGCUGUUAAUUGUGUCUAAUCUCUAACAUCUGAUUGCAAGGUUUUUCAGAAAGAAUGUAUCGAUAGACUUAAUUUCCAGUCCUGUAUAAACUUUUGUAUAGUGCCUUAAACUGAGGUCAUCCAGCAAGUGGAACAAAAUCUUUAAACCUGCAAAACUAAGGAAAUUGUACUUUUUGUUCGAAUUUUUUUUUUUACUAGAAGUGUUCGAUAUUUAUACACGCUAAAAAACAUUAAAAACUCAACCACCAGCCAUUUUUUUUAACCAUGACUCUGAAUUUGGUAAAUGAAUUGUUACUUCCUGUUUAAAUUAAUGUCAUGUCUUGCUAAGUAUAAUCACAUGUACCUAACAACAUUUAAUAGCUACUGGCAUUAACGUCUGUCAAUAGUCUCCUUAAUCCAGAGCAGUGUGAAGUUUCAUGCUUGAGUGCACAAAACCACCACUCACUUGCACACACACACAAACACACACACAUGUUAGCAAGUGCACCUGAAACCUGCUAAACCGCAUCACCACCUAGUGCAGGUAUGGACAUGUUGAGCUGUUUGACCGUUGAUUUUCUGUUUCUCUUGCUCUCUUCUACCCAGACAAGAUGUAACACAUGGUAAUGCUAUAGCAGCUAUAAACAAACGUUCAACUAGCAUGGUAGCUGUUUUUUUUUUUUUUGAAGUUUUUAAGAAAUAAAAGAACAACGCAACUCAUCAUGUUACGAUAAAACCUCAAAGUGUUAAUCCCUUGAUCUCACAUUUAUUCCUUAUCCAAAGAGACUUACAGUUAUCGAAUUUAUAGAAUUAAGCAUUUGAAAGGUAAGAGUCGUACUCAAGGGCCCAGGAGUGGCAGCUUGGUAGAUAGAAGGUUUGCCACUUGUGUAUUACGGCACAGUGAAAUUGUUUCUUCGCAUAUCCCAGAGAAUUAGGAAAUUAGCUUACAGUGGCAGCUUGGUGGUGGUGGUAUUUCAACUUGCAACCUUCCAAGCAGAAAUCCAGCAUUCUGGAUUUUUUAUAAAAUCAAAUACUUUGACCUUUGUUGAAGUUAUAGCAUAGCGUAACUGUAGACUGUUGCAAAUCUCUGCCAGUGGAGACUCAGAUA